AUGAUAUUUGAUCAUCUGAUAAUUGUCAUUCCCCCUUCAGCACCAGAUGAUAAAAAUAAAGAGAACGAUCUGGAUAACGAGUUCAGUGAUAAUGAGGAUGAGAUGACCGACUCACAGAAGACCAAUAAACUGUUGGACCUUUAUUCCACCACCAUCCCCAGCGUGGAUUCGGCCAUGGAGUCAUGGGACGGCUCAGGAAUCGAUGCCGGAUACAGCAGCCAAGGUGCCUACAUCCAUCAGGCUGCUGGGAUUGCGUUACACCCUCACGAAUGGCGUAACACCAAGCAGAGGAACAGCACGUCUCCUCCAACCCGCCGCAAAAACUACCCCUUCAGUGACGGGGGAUUCAGUGAGGACGACUGGGAUAAAGCUGCCGGAUACAGCAGCCAGAUGCAUGCCGACGGCCUCAUGUUGGAGCAGGAGGACAGUUUCUGGUGCCAGGCCCUGGAAGACCUGGAGACCUGCGGCCAGUCUGAGCUACUGCGCGAGAUCGAGGCAUCAAUAAUGACCGGUAGUGCCCUGAGUUUAGGUGUAGAGGGUGGAAAGGCCCACGGCGAGACAGUCAGCCAACCUCACCUCAGCCCUCUGAGAAAACCCCAGCAUCUCCUGAACGAGACCAAGAACAAGAGCACGCUCCGCAUGUCCGAGAAGACCUGGGAGUCACGGAGGAUCAAAGAAGAGAUUCAGGACAUCCUGUCGCCCACACCGCUAGAGCUGCACAAGGUGACUGUGAUGAAGGACCCAGAAAGCGAUGACUUUGGAUUCAGUGUAUCGGACAGUUUCUUGGAAAAGGGUGUUUAUGUGAACAUGAUCAGACCUGAGGGUCCAGCAGACCGCUCUGGACUCAAACCGUACGACAGGAUCCUUCAGGUGAACCACGUGCGGACACGAGAUUUCGACUGCUGCUUAGCUGUGCCGCUCAUCACAGAGGCCGGAGACAGACUUGAGCUGGUGAUUAGCCGAAACCCAUUAGCACAGCCGGGUGUCGCCCAGCCCCACGACUGCCAUCCACACUUCAGCCCCGUAGGCCAUUCCCGCGAGCACCAGACCAACACGCUGGACCUGUGACCACUGGGUAACUCAGACUAUGACCACACCAGACCAUUUGUUGCAACAGACUGUCAGAAGGAGCCAUGAUUCACUGCGUUCAUUACAAAACUCAAAUGAACUAAAAUAUCCAGAUUAUAAGGAGUGAUCGUGGAAACGAAACAACAAAAGAUUUGAGCCAGUUUUCAGUACAAAAUUUGAAAGGAUCCUGAAAAGGAUUUUUUUUUUUUAUUAAUAAUUUUGGACUACUACAAUGCAUACACCAUACAUGUACUUCACU